AUGUCUGAUCAGGACAUUGAUGACUAUGAGGUGGACAACCUCUCUGACACUUCACACAUGAUCCAAACGCUCCCACCUUAUAACAUGGAGGAUCAGCUCCUGCCCAUGGAGCGUCGUAGCACCUGUGGUUGUUGGGUAUGGACUUGCCUGGUGGGGGCAAUGAACUCUUUUGCUUUUCUCCUGAACUUCCUUCUGAUGGCUGCCAUCUUUUCGGUGGUCCUUAUGCCCGCCAUAGUCGUGGUCUAUUUUGGAUUCCAGUGUCACUCCCGGGUGCUCCACUCUACCGCCUACUACUGCCAAACCAUCCUGGACGACAACAGCUCUUCGGCCUUGAUCAUCCUCGGCUUUGUUAUCAUGUCUCCCCUCAUUGUGGUGGCCAUGGCCCUCUACUGCAGCCUGGCACGCCGUCUGCACCUCUUCCUGUGCUUCCAGCCGUGCGCCCGGGCGGUGUAUAAAGGUGUGAAAUGGCGGUGGUACGAAGAAGGGGGGCUGUGCGGGUGCGCGAAGGAGUGGAAGCACCAAGUCAAGGCGUGGGUCUAA